AUGCCCCUUCUCAUCGAUAAAGCUCCUUCAGAGGCUGUAUUUCGUGGAACAGAAUUCCUCUCCUACGACUUGAGUCAGACUGGAGGAGAACCCAUUGUCAGUGCUCAAGAUUCUGUGAUAUUUUAUUUCAAAACCAGGCAACCUAAUGGAUUGCUUUUUUACACAGGUGACGGAAAUGACUACUUAAACGUCGCAAUCAAAGAUGGAAUUCUCAGCCUGACAAUGGGUCUUUCGAACGGCAAACAAGAAAUGCAGAUAAAACCUAACAAAAUAUCAGCGAUAACUGCUUUUUGUAGGCUAUCAGCUGUCGUUGAUGGCGUAUAUGCAGACCAUUCGCAUAUUGCUGGAAAAUUCACAAUGUUGUCAUCGAGUCGCGUGUACGUAGGAGGAAGCAUAAACACUAGAGCCCUUCCAGGAGCCAGGGUUCACAAUAAUUUCGUGGGAUGUAUGCGAAAGGUGGAGUUCGUGGCCGACACAUUGAGGUUAAACCUUCUUGAAUUGGGCAGGUCGGGCAGCCAUCUCAUACAAGUAGUAGGUAGACUGGACUACAAAUGCCCCGCUGGAGAAACUCACGACCCUGUCACGUUCACCACAAGGGAAUCACAUCUGAUCCUGCCUCCGUGGAAUGCCAAGAAGUCUGGAAAUAUUUCUUUUAAGUUUCGCACGAACGAAGCCAAUGGAUUGAUACUUUUCAACGGAGGAAUUAGGCCACCUAGAAUUGACUUGUUCGCUGUAGAGAUAUAUAACGGUCACAUAUACGUCCAUAUUGAUCUAGGAUCCGGUCCAUCGAAGCAAAGAGGAUCGAGGAGGAGAAUCGACGAUGGAAAUUGGCACGAAUUCACUUUCAGACGAACCGGAAGGGACUCCAGGAUAACGGUAGAUGGACUUCACACAGAUUUCAAGACUGUCGGUCAAAAUCAAAUAGUUUCGUAA